AUGAGCUCCGAGCAGGGUCAGCCGCGGGUGGGAGUGAUUGCAGCCUUUGCUUUAAUCGCCAUCAUCUUGGCCUUGAUGUUGUGCGGAUUGAUAAGUGGCAGGGUCCUGAGACGACCGACAAGAAUUAAGAGAAGCCGGAAGAGCUCAGACGCAAUCCGGAGCGUGCAAGAUGUGUCACUAGGAUAUGAGUAUGACUUGUUUUUAAGUAUUAGGGGACCAGACACACGCAGAAACUUCACUGAUUGCCUUUACUGUAGCUUGCGACGCAAUGGCAUCCAUGUCUUCCUAGGCGACGAAGAACUCCGAGUUGGCAAAGAAAUUGAUGGAGAGCUUUUGAAAGCGCUUGACAAGUCACGAAUCUACAUUCCAAUUUUCUCCAAGAAUUACGCCGCCAGUUCGUGGUGUCUUCGUGAGGUUGCGCACAUGGUAGAAUGCACCUCAAAGUCAGAUGGAAAGAAAGAGAUACUCCCCAUCUUCUUUGACGUGUACCCUAAUGAUGUUAAGCUCAAAACCAAGUUGUAUAAAAAAGUCAUACCCAAGCACAAGAAGAAGUUCAGCUCUGAUGCGCUGAAGCAAUGGGAGGAUGCUCUUGUAAUGGUUGCACAUCUAAAGGGGUGGGAACUUGAAGGAAAAGGCCAUGGAGAACUAAGUGAAUUGGUUGUUGGAGAGGUAUCAUGUAAGCCUAAUGCCAGAAACCUGGAUGUGCCUGAAUAUUUGGUUGAAGAUCAUCAUCAGAUAAAAGCCAUAAUAGAGAAGUUGGAUGUUGACACUGAUGGUGUACGUUUCCUUGGUAUUCAUGGAACAUGUGGCAUUGGUAAAACAGUACUUGCAAAGGUUGUGUUCAACAAAGUAUAUUCUCACUUUGAUGGUGUUUGUUUCCUCAACAAUGUCCGAGAAUCGCCGCAACAUGGUCUUAUAAAUGUGCAAAAGAUGUUAUUAGCAAGUUUUGUGGGUCCUGAGAAUGCUGAUCAUAUCAAAGACAUUGGAGAUGGGAUGAAUCAGAUCAAGAGAGUAUGCCAUACUAAAAAAGUCCUCAUCGUUCUAGAUGAUCUAGACAAGCAAGAGCAACUCAAAAAAUUAGCUGGAAAAUUAGAUUGGUUUGGUUCGGGCAGCAGGAUCCUCUUCACCACUAGAAACUUAGAGGUCUUGAUGACUCAAGUGGAAUCAUCCAGUGAAGAGGUCCUAAAUCAACCCAAAGGAAUUUUGUCUUAUGAAUUUCAUGAAGUGGAAUUUGGUCGAGUACUUAAGCUGUUUUGUAAGCACGCAUUCGGAAGAGACUUUCCCCUAGAAGGAUAUGAUCAUCUUGCAGAGAAAAUUGUUCGUAGAAUGGGUAUGCUUCCUUUGGCAGUUGAGGUCAUGGGUUCAUUUCUUUCUUGCCACGGCUCUGCCCUGGAGCAACAUUUUGAUAAACGAGAGCUAUGGGAAGAUGUGUUGAAGCAAUUAGAUGACGGUCCUUUUAAGGAUGUCCGAGAUGCAUUAAUGAUAAGUUAUGAAGGACUAGAGAAUAAGCAAAAAGAAGUAUUUCUGGAUUACUUGCUUUUUCAACAAUGA